AUGUCCAACUACACCUCGUCGCGCAGUCAAUCUUCCUCCCCCGAUAUUCUGGGCCCACCAGGCGACGCAGAAUACCUGAUUUCCUCGCCAAUGAAGCCUUUUGUUGGGCGUCAAAGCUGGGUGUCACCAGCUCCCGUGAGGCGCCAUCAAACCCCCGCGAAACGAGCUCCUGCAAAACAAAGCCCGGCGAAGCGGUCGCGCGUGAGCCUCAGUCCCGCGAAAGGCGCGCAUUCAAUCCAGUUCAACGAUGUCAUUCUCCCCGGAUCGCCGUCCAUGAAUUUUAAUAGUCGCCAAAGGUCGAUCUCUCCGGAGAAGCAGGAUGGAAAUGUGAGCCCGUGGCGCAUUCGGCUCACGCUCGAGGCGACCCAAGAUGAAGAAGACGAGAAGCUAGCCAGUCCGUCGCGCAAACGACUGAAACCCUCAACAACCACGACUAUGAUCCCUUUGAAGGAUGAACGGAGUCCCUUGAAGGAGAAAACACCCGCGAAGCGACGAGGCCGUCCACGCAAAUCAGAGGCUCAGACACCGACAGAUUCGCCAUUUCCUGGGAGCCCUGGACAUACUCCUGGCCUACGAUGGGAAGAAUCUCAGUCGCAAAGCCGAGGCAGACCUCGUAAAGGUACGCCCAGACCGAAGACACAGGAUUUCCAGAUGGUGGAGGACCAGCCGACUCCGAGUGUGGAAUACGAUCAAACGUUUAGUCCGAUGAAUGUCGUACCAAAUAGUGACGCUGGUUUGACAGAGCAACUCAGUCCAAUGGAUACUGUUGCCAGUGAUGCCAACCAGCGAUCAAGCCCUAUGGAUACCAUUACCAGCGAUGCUCAUUGGGGUCAACAAGGCAGCCCAAUGGAUACGCUUGCCAGUGAUGCUGGCCAGGGUCUACACCAAUUCAGUCCGGAGGAUGAUUUUAUUCAUGAUAACGCCGACGUCGACCGCCCGCCCAGUCCAAUCAACCUAGCCGCCGAUCCAGAUUCCGAAGAGGAUUCUUGGGGCAAUUCCGACAUGUCCAUUGCUGAUCUUCGAGACCCCACUCAAACAGUCACUGAUGAAAAUAAUAACACAAAUCGCCAAUAUGGACGCACAAGUCUGGAAACACCUGUCAUCAGUGCUACAGAACAUCAUUUUUUGGAUAAUGAUGAUAACAUACAUUCCACGCCUUCCAAAAUGCCAUCGCCCACCCGCGAGAGAGCGAUCGCAUCAUCCAGAGCAUCUCAAAACACGCAAAGUCCACAGUCACGUACAUAUCCGACUCCGACUCCCACAUCUUCGCCGGCCGAAGAAGAGAGUCAAGCACAACAAGCUGAUAUCGACCAGCCCUCAGAGCCAGAUGAGCACCCUGAGACUGAUCCGCUUGAAGAUCCAACAGAUGACCACGAAGAGUAUGAUUCCAUCAUGGAAAGUGAAGGGUUCACUAUGGUUUCCCUUGAUACCCUUCCAUCUGCCAAACAAUAUGGACUGAGCUCCAGUACACAGGCUGGAGAACGAGGCCCGAAACCAAAAGAAUUUGGAGAUCGACUGAAACGCAAGCUUGCCGGAACGAUUGAAGACUUCCGACGCGAUUCUCGUGCUCCUAAAUCUCUAAGCCCAAGUACAAAUACAGCUUUUAUGAAUUAUGACGAGCCAACCCCUCCCAUUCGACCACAUGCCCUACUACGAUCGGCCGAGCGACCUUUUGUCAACUACGUCACCGAAGUCUCUUACCCGCAACUCCGUGACGUACAUUCUCCUACCAAAGCGAUUCCCGAUCAGGAAAAGCACCGAGAGGAAGAACGUUAUGCAGAGCAAGAGCGCCAAGCCAAGGCUGAACGUCGCGCUGAAGAACAGCGGCAGAUAGAAGAAGAACGCCAGGCAAGAGCAGAGCGACAACUCCGGGCUGAACGUCGGGCACAGGCAGAGCGCCUCGCCGAGGAGGAACGCCAAGCAAGAAACGAACGUGAGGAACGGGCAGAACGCCAAGCGCAGGCAGAACGCUUAGCUGAGCUGGAGCGAGAGGCUGAACAAGAGCGUCAGGCUAAGAAAGAUCGACAAGUAGAGGAAGAGCGCAAAGCACAGGCAGAGCGCCUCGCCAAUCAGGAACGCCAAGCACGGAUAGAACGUGAGGAACAGGCAGAACGCCAAGCGCAGGCAGAACGUCAAGCCGAAGAAGAACGUCAAGCCGAAGAAGAACGUCAAGCCGAAGAAGAACGUCAAGCCGAAGAAGAACGUCAAGCCGAAGAAGAGCGUCAAGCCGAAGAAGAGCGUCAAGCUGAGUUGGAGCGUCAGGCAGAGGAGGAGCGCAAAGCACGGACAGAGCGACGGGCACGUGCCGAACGUCUCGCACAUGAAGAACGCCAAGCCGAGUUAGAGCGCCAGGCUCAAGAGGAGCGCCAGGCUCAAGAGGAGCGCCAGGCUGAAGAAGAGCGUCAAGCAGAGCAAGAACGUCAAGCACGGAUAGAGCGACGGACACGUGCUGAACGCCAAGCGCAGGCAGAACGCUUAGCUGAAAUAGAGCGCCAAGCUGAAGAAGAGCAUCAAGCAGUGUUGGAGCGUCAGGCAGAGGAGGAAAGACACGCAAGAGCCAGACGUCGAGCACAGGCAGAGCGCCUGGCCAAGGAGGAGCAGCAGGCGCGAGCAGAACGUCUCCGAGCAGAGGAAGCAGCACUUUCCUAUGAGCAGCAGCUAGAAGAGCCGCUUGAUUACGAACAUCGCGAAGAGGAUGUGGAGGAUGUGUAUCAGGAGGAGCUUGAUGAUGGCGAAAUGGAAGAACCAGAUCUCUUCAUGCCAUCGCCACAGCCCAAAUUCACCAACUCCAUUCAAGACAAUCAGAUGUCCAUACGAAGAGCACAGCGAGAGGCACAAUGGCAGCGUGAACGCGAUGAAGUCAGCCGCCAGGCCUCAAACUCAAGAUCCGCAGUCUACAUUGAGAGUGAUGAAAGUGACGCUGGUGCCGAGCAGUACGAUGCCGGUGUCGGAAGGUCAUAUGAUGAACCCGCACCUGAUGGUGAAUCGGAGUUUGAAGAAGAACCUGAUGACUUCGAACCUGAUCUUGUGCCUGAGCCCUUGCCCCAUAAGAACCAAACAGCGAGCCCCGAACCUCAAGACGAGGAGGAUGGCUACGAUGACAUCUGGCAACUUGAGGCCAACGACCACGACCAUAUCUCAGAGAAUUCCGAAGAUGAGCGCCUUCGAGAGGAGGCUGCCGAGGCCGCUAGCCCUUGGAGAGAUCUUGGAGCAACUUCAACUCGUCAAAACCACUGGAGCUCAUCUCCAGGCUACGCUGAAUCGGAACGUGAUAGUGCAUUGUACUAUGGUCCAUCUAAGGUUCGCGAGCUUCGAGAGCAAAAGGUUGACCUUAAUGCUUUACUUGCGGAAGAAGACACGCCGAAUCGCGCGCAAUACUACAAUGGAACGAGCACCCCUCGCGCCAUGCUAAACAGAAGGCUUGGGACACAACGGUCCCCGAUCAAUGUUUCUCCCUUGAAGGAAAAUGUAUCGCGUACUCCAGCGCAUAUUCGGUUGCAGCCUCUGUCCCGAUCUCCGGACGUUUCUCAGGCCGAUGAGUCUUCUCAUGUCUCUCACAAGAGCCCAUAUGUGGAGCACUCAUUGGAAACAGAAGAUGACGGUAACGACUCGAAUGCCGGUCUUGAUCGAUCUAGGUCUGCUGAUGCACCUUUGACAUCAACUCCACAAACUCGUCAGCCCAAUGGAGGACACCAAGGAUCAUCCUGGUUCAAGAAAAUCACUAGUUUUACCCCGCAAUGGCUGAAAGCCCCUACGAGGGCACGCAGCUCAAGCGUCACUACUAUUCCCGAAGAGUCGGAGUAUGAAGAUGACGAUGAAGUAGCUCACAUUGAAUCCGCAAGGGGACUUGAUGGGCACCUCGAUGACGAACCGCUCUCUAGGCAAGGGAGUGAAUCCCCCGCGAGCCCUUGGCGACAACUCACUCGGUCUCCGCAAAAUGAUGACCAGCAGGCGGUCGAAGAUGAGGAGCCAUUCUAUGAAAGAAGCGUGUCUCAGGAGAUUGCGGAGGAUGCAAUUCCAGCGAACGAUCUGCAUGAGGCGUCGCCAGGGCCUAGACCACUUGCUGUCUUCGGCUACUUUUCGGAUGCGCAUUACAUCGCCCUUCGCCGUAUCUACCAAAUAGCAAAGCGCUACCCGGAGCGUUUCCAGUACUUCGACUCCCCAGGUCGGGCUGCUAUCAUCGGUGAUUGGAUAUGGACAUCGGAUGGCCAUCACGGGGUCCCCAUCACAGAGAUCCAAUUUGCUAUCAUCGACCGAUUCGCCCAGGAACUUUCUCGGGCAGAUAUCCAAUACGGUGGAAGUGGACAGAUCGAUUGGACGGAAGCCGAUCUGCAUCGGAGACUCAUUAGCAUUAUCAUUGGCGAGCAGAUCCGAGAGGAAAGGAAGGCCAAGGCCAACCGGGGUACUUCAGUUGAUACAUGGCGAUGA